AUGGAGAAGCAAAGAGUUUGGGAGGGCAGUGGCACCUUCAGGGGCUCACCACUGAAUGGGGGACUCGCGGAGAUGAGUGGCCCGUUUAGGGCAAAAACGGGUAUAGAAAUAUGGUUCAAUUUUAUGGAGAUUAUGCAUAGCAACAAUGACUAUGGUAAUAUUAACCAGGCUUUUACAAACAGUUUACUUAACAAUAGGGACAGCGCCAGUAAUGGAUGUCCAGUUCUAACGCCCCUAUGGGCUGCCAAACCUCCCGGUUUCACCGGAGUCUCCCGGAAUCUGGUUUGGUCACCAGAAGUGGUAUUCAACGGAUUCUGUGAUCCCUUCCCAUCAGAAGUCAGCGUAUGGUCUCUUCGCAUACACCAACUCUUGUCUCAUGUCUUUCACAUCCCUUUCCUUCCUAUUAUCAAGAGGUCGGCCGUUGACCACCUGUUCCGCGGUGCCGACGACAUGGGGGUGAGGUGUGGACCGUCGCGGUCGAUGGUUUCUCUUCGGUAUCCCUUGGAUUCCCUGCCUCUGGUGUUCUCUCCUGCGGAGGGGGCAGUGCAGGCGGACCCCUUGUCGGGCAUGGCAUCCAGGGCAGGCCAUCCCUGUGAGCGGACAGCCAGUGCACGCCAUCCCUGUGAGCGGACAGCCAGUGCACGCCAUCCCUGUGAGCGGACAGCCAGUGCAGGCCGUACAACUAAAUGA